CAAUUUCGAGAAAAUGGCGUCGACAGAAGAUGUCAACCACAUACAAAACUCAGAGCCGGAGACUCCUAAACUUGGCGAUUUAUUAGAUCGUGGGUGGAAAUUGUAUGAAGAAGUUGAUACUACAAAUGAACCCACAGGAUCUAAUCCAAUUCAAGUCAAAGUUAAGCGAGGCAUUAUGCAACUGGAAGAGGCAUCGCGGAUGGUGGCUCAGAUCGCUUUAUUCAGUCGGAAUGAAGAACUGGAGGAGAUAGCCACGGCUGACUUGAAGUAUUUGAUGCUCCCUGCUCUACUCGGCGCGUUGACUAUGAAACAGGUGAAUCUGUCAAAGCGUCUGGAGCAAGUGCAGAUGGCCCGCGUCUAUUUUCUGGAUUUCCUGAAGAGAUGCAAGGAAUACAACGUUAGCAAGUUCGAGUUGCCUAAAGCAAGCGAUGCUUCGGAUGACACACCUGAAGAGGACGGUAGUCUUCCUCCAGCACCCCUCAGACAAGCUGACCUCAUAUCGAUGGCAACACAGAGAAACGCCAAAAUCGAAAGGUAUAAACAGAGGAAAGACACAGAGGCGAAGCUGACGGAAAUCAGAUCGUCAGUAGAAGAUGGCACAGCGGAUGACGAGAUUGUGCGGGAUUUCUACCUCCUCAACAUUCGGAAGUGGAUAGCGAUCGCUCUCGAGGAAAUCGAGAGCAUUGAUCAAGAAAUGGAGAUCCUCAAGAAAAUGGACGUUCUCAAGCAGGGCACAUCACAGCCCUCUCAGCCAAAACGCCCACCCAUGAAGCCCUUCAUCCUGACGAAAGACGCUCUUCAGGCCAAGGUGUUUGGGGCAGGUUACCCCAGCCUUGCCACCAUGUCAGUGGAUGACUGGUACGAGCAGCACAAGAAGAAAGGCUGCCUCCCCGACCAGGGUGUCCCCCGAGGACCCAGCAGCUCUGCUGACUACGAUGCGGAGGAGCGCGAGAAGGAGGAGAAGGAGAGGCAGGAGGAGAACGACGACGAGGAGGCGUUGCAGAAGGCCCGGGACUGGGACAACUGGAAGGACACGCAUCGCAGAGGCUACGGCAACCGCCAAAACAUGGGCUGACAUGACUACGCCACACACACACACACCUACAGUAUACACAUAUACACACUGCCUGAACCGCCACCACCACCACAAGCACUUCACGAUAUUAGACCCCAACUGAUAGACACACACACCUACAGCCCAUGCCAACCACACUGAGUCGUCUCUCUCUCUCUCGUUUGAUUUUGUUUGGAAAUAAAAGUAGCAAUCUAUGGCCGCCA